AUGUGCUCCUCCUUCCCUCCGUGGAACCCCAUCCAGGUUCUCGUUGAGGCCGUCAUCAACUCCGGCCCCCGUGAGGACUCCACCCGCAUUGGCUCUGCCGGUACUGUCCGCCGUCAGUCCGUCGAUGUGUCCCCGAUGCGCCGUGUCAACCAGGCCCUCUGGCUCCUGACCACCGGUGCUCGCGAUGCCUCUUUCCGCAACAUCAAGUCCAUUGCCGAGUGCCUCGCCGACGAGCUCGUCAACGCCCACAAGGGUUCCUCCAACUCUCUUGCCAUCAAGAAGAAGGACGAGCUCGAGCGCGUUGCCGUUUCCAACCGGUAA